AUUACCUUUACUAAAUAAUCCUCUCCAUAGAAACUUUAGUGUAUUCUUUUUCUUAGUAGACAAGAAUUGAAUUUGAAAAUAAAAUCUAUUCAAUCAUUUUUGUUGAGAAUGUUAUUAUGAAUACAACUAUGUAAUUAAUGGAAUUUGGGUGAAAUGUUAGAAUACAGUCAGAAAUUAGUGAGUAAAACAUAUGGAUGAAUAGACGUGAUGCUUAAAUAAUAUAUUCAUAAACAAUGCAGGUCCAGACUGUCAAGCUUGAUGGUCUCCAGUGUCUCACACCAGCCUCAUUACCUCUCCUAGUAGAAGCACUGUGUUCUAUGCCCAACCUGACUUACCUGACACUUGGUGAGCUUCUCCAUGAGGAGUUCUACUCUACAUUGAAAGCAAAGGCAUCAUCCAUACAGGGUUGUUUUCCUCAGAUCAGGAAGGGAAACUUCAGGUUGAAUGAUGUUACUCAAGAUGACUUGAACUCAUUUCUUCACAACCUCUCAAGGUACGUUUCUACCUACCAUGCCACUAUGUCAAGUUCUGCUCCAUCUCCUAACCCUCCAGUCUCGAGACAUCAUCAACCUGCCAUGUCUGCAGGGUACCUUUCACCAACACAGUAUCCACAGCCGGUUCCUGAGAGCACAGUACAAGCAGUACUGGUAGAGACCACCCUAAACAGCAGCCCAUGGCCGACGUAA